AACAAGGCUUUCAAAGGCUCAUUCAAGUGCUGCAACUGCAGCUUUAGUUGUGCAGGAUACACUUGACGAGAAGCUUGUUGCAACGGCAUCUCUCGAUAAGGGUAUGGCUAUAUGGAGGUUUUACAACCCGCACAAGGACUCCGAAAGCCCAGACGAAUCAUGCGAUGAAAGCAUAGAGGUUACACGCUUGAAGGUCCCCGGCGCACCGGUGUUUUCGCUAGCAAAGAUCCCGGAGGUCUUGCCUGAUGGCACCAUCGUCCGCAAGCGGCGAAAGCCACCGGGCAUCUAUCUGGGCACGGCGGCCAAGGAGGUCAUCACUUGGAUGCUUGGCAGCAAAGACGUAACAGACAAGGUGGUUCUGGGUGACCACACGGGCUGGGUGAGGUCGCUGGCGCUCACCGGAAAGUGGCUAUUCAGCUGCGGCUGCAACGAGUUGCGGCUAUGGGACACCACCUUCCGCACCCCCAAGGAGGCGCAGCGCGCGGUGCGGCUGUUCACGGGCGACAUCCUGUCCCUGGCCGCCACCAGGGGCCAGGUGUUUGCGGCGGGCGCGGACGGCUCGCUGCACGCGUGGACCAUCAACGACCGACCCGACCGCUCCUCGGCUGGGGCUAGCAGCAGCCAUAGCCACAGCAGCCAUAGCAAUGGAGGAGGAGGAGCAGGGGGAAGCCAUGGCAGCAGCAGCGGGAGUCAUGGUGGUAACGGGGCGAGCAGUGCCGGAAGCCAUGGCAGCAGCAGCGGCAACGGCAGCGGGAGUCACGCAAGCCAUGCGACUGCUGGUCAUGGGGGCAGCGGUGGUGGUGCAGCUAAUGGGGCCCAUGGCAGCAGCAGCGGCAGUAGCAGCAGCUCUGGGAAUGGGGGAGGAGGUGGCGGUGGUGGAAGCAGCAGCAGUGGCAGUGGUGGCGGCGGUCAUCUGCUGGUGGAGGGCCCGUGUGUGGAGCGGGCACACGAGGGGCGGGUGGCGGCGUGUGUGGCGCACGGGGACCGGGUGUUCACGGUGUCGUACGACGGGAGCAUCAAGGCCUGGCAGGCCAGCACGCUCACCCUGCUUGCGGAGGUGCGGGGGGCGCACCGCGGGGAGAAGGUGAUCUGCGCCGCGGUGGGAGCUAACGGAGUGCUGUUCACCGGGGGAGAUGACAAGCUCAUUCGCGCCUGGGACAUGAGCCUCACCCCGGUGGGUCCCCCCCUGGAGGGACACGCCGCCUCGGUGCGCGUGCUGGCCACGGGCCGCCGCGGGCUGCUGGUGUCGGGGGACGCGGAGGGGGACGUGUGCAUCUGGGAGACAUACCCCGUGGAGCUGCCGCCGCCGCCGCCGGCAGCAGCACCGUCAUCGCAGGAGUUGGCGACAGGUCCAUACGGAGGUGAAGGCGCGGCUGCGGCAGCGGAGUCUGGCGCUGCCUUUGUCGAUUCGUCCAUGGCAACAACAGAUGAUGAGGAGCAGCAGCUGCAGCAGCAGCAGGGGGCGGCGGGCUACUUUGCGGCGGUGGCGGAGGCGGUGGGCGGAGCUGUGUUGGUGUCGCAUGAGGGGCUGCCGCAGGAACAGCAGCACCCGCAGCAGUAUUAUGACCACGAGCAGCAGCCGCCUGGGGGUGUGGAGGCAGCGGCAGUGGCAGGGGCAGUGGCAACAGUGGAGCCCCUGGAGGCAGCGCCGCCGCCCUGUGGAGGAGGUGACGUGGCGGAGGGGUCGUUGCUGCAGCAGCUACAGCAGCAGUGGCAGCAGCAACAUUUGGAAGCAGCGUAUGAGGCGUCGCCAGCGCCAGAAGGAGCACAGGCGGCAGCAGUGAUGACACCGGCAGCAGCACCAUCACAACCCGAGGCGGGUGCGGGGGGUUCGCCAGAGGUGGCUGCAUGGGUGGAGGUGGCGGCGCAGGCGGCGGCGAUGGAGGUGGUCGCCCAUGCAGGGGCAUUGGAGGCGGCCGCGGCGGCGGCGCAGAUGGAGGCGGUGAUGCAGGCGGCUGCAGCGGCGGUACGACAGGCGGCAGCGAUGGAACUUGCGGCGCAGAGGGAAGAAGCUGGUCAUCAGUCGGAGGGGGCAGUAGCGGCCACGGCGUCUAUGGAGGACCUAGCAGUGGCAGCAGCAGCGGCUAUGGCGGCAGCGGUAACGCAGGGCGAGAGAGUGGGGGAAGCGUCCGUUGUUUAGCAGGGGCAGCAGGAGGAGCGGCAGUGAGGGCAGCGGGGGCAGCAGGAGGAGCGGCCGCAGGAGCACGACCUGAAUGGACCAGGGACGGCAGGAUUCCUGCGUGGGUUAGAUGCCCGUACGAGGCGGGGAUGGGGGCACAGUCCUAUCGCAGCGGCUUUGGUUCGUGUGUGUUUCUGAAAAUUGGCCGCGAGUGUAUUAAAAACAGUUUGCCGCUACUGUAAUAGGAAAACUGGCCGCGAGUCUGACUUUGUUGUCUUGCCGUACACAGGGGAGGCGUGCGUCGCCGUACACUGACGUAGCUCCUCAUAUGACUGCUUGCCAAACCUGAACGCAUGAAAAAGCACACAUGCAAUCGGAAGUGCAGCCACUUCCCGACUGUUCACUUGGAGGGUAAGCUGCGGCACUGGAGGUGGUGGCGCUGUGCACUGUUAACAAUUGGCGCUCUAAUGGCUGGCACUUGGCACGCCAUCGGAAGUGCGGGGUCGUCUGGCAACGGCAAAAUGGUGCGUGUGUCGAGGUUCAUGCAUGGUGUCUGGGUUGGGAGGGCCGAUGGCAGGAAGCGCCCUGCCUGCUGUUGGCGGGAGGUUACCUCCCAUGUGUGUACAUGCGGCUGUGUCCCGCAUAUACGUCACAAAGCAUUGCCACAAGAUAUGCUUUGUGAGGUAGCGUUUGCCGACUGGCGCUUCUCUGCAGCUUGUAGGAGUUGCAAGCGGUAGCUUGGGAGGGAUGAUGACGAUAUACUGGGGCAUGGCAGCACUCUUGACCGCUCUGGCCACCCGUGUUGGGAUGGUUGAACAGCACAUCGCGUUGUUGACGUGGGGGUGUUCCGAUUGCACGCGGCUCCCUCUCUCCUUCCGUUCGCACCCGGCUUGAGUGGACCUGUUGACACAUGAUGUGCGAUGUGAGCCCCCGAGUUUUCACUGCCGCCUUGAAGUUGCACGUACGAAGUGGGCGGUGGUGGCUCCAGUUUACAUUUCACAACUGAGGUUGCGAAGGAGUAUGUGCUGUACGGCACAACACGCGUGCGUUACACGUCACCACGUGUGUCACUGCGUUCCGCCCGUCACUCGUACGACAUCGCCAGUCGCUCGUCCGUACAAUUCACCAUGGUCACGGACUUGGCCAUGUAUCCGUAACGCUUUGUGUCCUCUUUUGCGCUUUUUGUUACAAACUGUUGGCGAGUAUCCACGCAUGAAGACAGUGCCGUGUUUAAGGGUUUGCGGUCUACGCCGGCUGGUGUUGAGGAUAGCUGAUGUUCAUGUAGCAUGGUUAGACGCCUGUACGAGCACUGGGAAGCAAACCAAUUGCAGCGAAGUUUGGUACUUUCUGAUGUUGACGACGGUAAUCAUAUUAACGUUACGAGACGCAAAGCACAGGGAAAUUUGUGACAAGUGCGGCAGCCUCUUUUAUACCGCAGCCCUUUGAGCCCUUCAUCGAACUCAUGACGUCUGCAAGCUGGGUAGCAUUUGUUGUGGCUGAGUAGCAUUGUUGUGGAGGCCCCCGCUGUGUUUGUUCAUGUCUUCAUGCGCGGUAGUGUCGCCCUUUCCUUCGUGCAGCGUGGCAGGUAGCAUCUGUGUGUGUGUUAAGAAUACUGACCGGGAGGAGGAAGGUACUGGACUGCCGGAAGAUGAUGUGUCCGGCUGCCUGUAGUGCUCGCAAGGCAGCACUGGCGCCAUCGGUAGCGUGCUGCCUACCCCCCGCAUGUUGUCUGUGCCUGUUCACAAACGUGUCCUUUUGGGUGUGCACGACGCCGUCUUAAGGUCUGCAUGUCUUGUCGGGUGCAGUGCGCGAGGGGUGCGUUGGGAGCUGCAUGCGGUGAGGCGCGAGGCAGCCGUCACACGGCAGUAGCAGCGCAAGUCCAGCAGUCAGGAAGUGUUUAUCUACGUGUGCCUCCGCUGCUGUGUUCCUGCUGGCUGACCUGACACCUCGUCGGAUGCGGGUUGUAUCUGCGUGUUUUGCAGCGUGGCGUGGACCGUGUCACAUCAUGUUGUGUAGCGUUGCCGACUGGCGUCUUAUCUUGGUAGGCUCUGGAAGCCUGCUGAUGCUGGCUUGCGGCGCUGCGCCUGUAUUGUUGUCAGUUUGUUUCCGUUGCUGAUGUUGUCAGCGUUGGCAUGUGUGGAUGACGACGUGGAUUUGUGAGUGCCUGUUUGCCGCAAUGAUUGCGGUUGUCUAGUCAUGGCUUGUGCGCGAAGUGUCAGGCAUAGUCCGAUCUGCCCCUUGGAAGCAGCGAUGCAAAAGACAUGAAUACUAUUAUAUAGUUACAGGAUCCUUACACCAAUUAACUCUAGGAAGGUUGUUGUGGCGUAGGCAGGGCGUGCCAGUGUAUUUCCGUGGCAGGUAGGGCGUGAGUGAUGCAAACGCUAUGUUGCGGAGUUGGUUGCUGCCAGGGAUUUGAGAGCUGCUCCGUUUCGUUGCUAGCAUUGUAGUAUCAGAUGUGAGUUGUUGGCUGGAAGGCAGGCAGGGUAUGAAAGCGUAUUUGAGUCACACCGGAAGACUGUUAGGUGCUGUCGGUUGUGUUUGAUUCUGCGCAGUCUUAAGUACUGAAGUGCAUUGGCCCUGAAUGGCUUGCACUUUCUUUCAAGCAGUGGUGUUGAUGUUGUUGGUUAUUGUGCCAAAAGAUCUGUUGUGCGACUUUCCCUAUGCAAUCCCUGGAGUUGGAUCGAAUAGAGGCCGACCAUAGGAAACCACAAGAGCAAUGGGGAUGGGAAGGUUGCUGGCGAUUGGGCAUG